AUGCCAGAAGAUAGUGCGAAAGUCCGAAAUGCGUUAUCAUACUUGGAGACAGUUAAAGCCGAAUUCCGCCAUGAUAACCAUACAUAUGAGGAAUUUCUGAGAGUGAUGAAGGAUUUUAGAUCGCAAGCAUUAGAUACUCCCGGUGUAAUUCAACGUGUCAGCGCCCUGUUCCACGAUCAUCCGGAACUGAUUCUUAAUUUCAACACAUUUCUUCCCGCCGGAUUCCAAGUAACAUAUAUUGGGAAUCGGCUUUGUAUAGUCAAUCCGAAGAACGAAUAUGAAGAAGUGCCGCCGCCCGAUCCGCCAUUUAUGAACGGCCAUGCUCAUGCGGUUAACGGGAACUAUCCUUAUGUCGAUCCUGAGCCCGAUCCUGAUGCCAAUGGUGAAGGAGAAGUUGAAGGCGAACAUGAACCUGAAGUUGAACAUGAGGGCGAACAAGAUGUCAUCGAGGAAUAUGAAGACCAACCGCGAUAUGAGGAAGAAGAGGAGGAUGAAGAUCACCAAAUGAUCGAGGAUGAAGAAAAUGAAGAAGUUGAAGAUGAGGAUGAAGACGAGGAAGUUGAGGAGGAAGAAGAAGGAGAAGAAGGCGACGGAGAAAAUCAAGAGGAUGAGGGGCAGUAUGAUGAGAAUGGCGAUGUGAUCAUGGACACUGACUACGAUGAUAUGGAUUCCGACAUUUGCCCCGAUGAGCUAUUCACCGAGCAAUUCGCCGAGUAUUUCAAAGAUGUCUUUGAUGAUGAUGAUGUCGAUGAUGAUGAUGAAGAGGAAGACAAUGAUGAUGAAAAUUUAAACAGUUCUGAAAAGAAACUAAUUCAUCGGAGUAACGCCCUAAGUUUUACGUACAAAAUAAAAAAGCGAUUUGAGUCGAAUCCGAAAGUUUAUCGCGAUUUCCUCGAUAUUCUUCAAUUCUUCAUAGAGACACCAGAUGAACCGGUUGGCAAACGGCGGCCUGAAUGUAAAUUAGUAGCUGAAGCUGGCAUGGAAGUCAAAAAGAUGUUUAUACUGGAAGUGGCGAGGAAACUAUUUGCUGGCCAUGAUGAUCUUCUAAAGGAAUUUGAGCGAUUUAUUCCAAAAAUUGAGCAUUUCAAUCAAACGAAACAGGCGAUGUUGAAUAUGCAUUUGUUUGAAACCGAACCGCUUCCCGACGAAUUGUUGAAACGGAAAAAAGACGACAUUUAUAAAAUCGAUAAUGAUGAUGAAACCGCUGAUGGUGACGCCGACGCUGGUGAUGAGGAUUCGCGUCCGAAAAAGAAAAAGCGAAUUCGUGAUGAAGCGGAAUUUGGGCGAAGGGAAAUAGCAAAAAUUUUGGCUAGGAAUAUGUUCGAGGAUGGACGAUUCCCAUUGUCGGAACCGGAACGCGGUCCGACGAUGGAUAUGUAUGCAUUGCUCUCUUCUGUUGAUAUGGAAUUGUACUCAAAGCUUCAACAGCGAUUUUCUCGAAUGGAAUUUGAUCGGUUCUUCAUUUUGCUGAAUGUAUUCCUCCCUGGACAUAUAUCGAUUGAUGAGUUCCUUGACAACCUUAAGAAUAUGCUCGGAAGUCGACAUCACGAUAUUGUCAAUGAAAUUUUCUCAUUGUUUGGCGAGAAAUUCGACUAUGCCGAUGAAAGCGAUCUCGAUGAUGAGAGCGAUGUGAAAUCGGGAGUUCGAAAAGGGUGGAUUCGUGAAGGCGAGAAUAUUGUUCGAGAUGUGAUUAAGAAGACGAUUUGCACUCUUGGUGUGAGCUAUCGACACAUAAUCAAAGACAAAAAUGAGCUCAAGAAGCCGUCUGGACGUACGGCACUUUGUGACGAAGUUCUCAAUGAUACGUGGACUUCGUAUCCAUCGUGGUCUUCGGAAGAUAACGGCAAUGUUGCUUCGAGAAAAUCGACAUUUGAAGAAUUUUUGUACAAAACAGAGGAUGAACGAUUUGAACUCGACAUCGUUCUUGACGUUAACAAAUACGCGAUUGAGUCGUUUGAGCUUUUGAAAAGGAAAAUGGAGCGGAUGAGCGAGUAUGAUAGAUGUCGAUUCAAGCUUGACGAGAAACUUGGAUGCUCGUCGGGAGUUUUGAUCACAAGAGCCAUCAAAAGAAUCUAUGGUGAAGCUGCGUCGAAGAUCAUCCAUGGAUUAAGAGACUCGCCGUUCAACGCGGUUCCGAAGGUUCUUCAGCGAUUCAUUGAAAAGGAAAAAGAGUGGAGACAGGCUCAGACGCAGAUGAACAAAAUGUGGAGAGAGCAACUUGAAAAGAAUAUUGCAAGAUCGUUGGAUCAUCAAGCUGCGACAGUAAAACAAGCCGAUUCGCGCCUUCUCAAGACGAAAUCGCUCGUUCACUCGUUUGAAGCGUACUUUGAUCAACGUCAGGGAGACUGUCCUGGAAAGUACAGUAAAGGGCCGCAUAUGAAAUUAUGUUAUCCGGAACGCAAAUCGAUCCUUCAUGAUGUCAAUGAUCUUCUUGUUCAUUAUCUUCGAAGGCAACAGCAUUAUACGAAAGAUGAGAAGAGGAAGAUGAAAAUCAUAUUGAGGAAAAUUGUUCUUGAAUGGAUGUGCGAACGAACUGAGGAAAUGUCGGACGAUGAGGAAGAGGAGGAGCUCGAGCUUGAGAAGAGGAAAAAUCGAAGAGAUAGUGAUGUUGACAAAAUUGAGUUUGACAAAAGAGGUCGACGAAUCAACUUGAUGACUCACUACGUUGAUAACGACUCUAGCGAAUGGCCGGAAUAUGAGUGUGAGGAUCAGUAUGAAGAGGAUGAGUACCUUUUCCAAAAGCGCGGAAGUCAACGGCGAUUGAUCUAUGGCGACGACAAUUUGUUCGUGUUCAUGCGACUUCAUCAUGCACUCUGCGAGCGACUGCACAAAAUUCAUUCGGCCUACUUGAGAGGCGUCGAAGAUUAUUAUGAGCAGGAAAGAUGCCGACAGGAAUGGGAGCGCGACAUGGAGCAGUUGGCUCGAGGAACAUUGCUUCAUGCCGAAAAGAAUUGGGGAGCUUUAGGAUCGGCGAUGCGCAAAAUUCGAAACGUUGGACCAUUGCCAACUACGUUGUACAAACUAGUGUUGACUGAAAUCAAGAGAUACAUGGAUGGUGAGAUGGAUGCCUCGCAGUAUGAGGAUUGUUUAAGAUCCCUCUUCCCGACUCAAGCUUGCCAUUUGUUCCUCAUUGAUAAGAUCAUGUCGGUGGCGGUUCGCUCUCUUGCAACUCUGGCGAACAACGAGGACGAAUGUUCGGCCAUUAAGAUGUACAUGAGAUUCCGAUUCAAGAAUUUGCCCAACUGUUUUACUCAGAGCGAUUUUGUUGACAGAGUUGAGAAAGAAUAUGCGGCGAUGGCUGAAGAGCGUUUGUAUAAGAGGAAUUGUUAUAAGCUUGAAUAUGCGAAUCAUACGAUUCCAAUAUUGACUGUGACUAUGAUCGACACCAAUCUGACUGCUAAUGAUAUUGAGCAGAAGCUUCGAACAUAUAACGACGACGCGAAUGAAACUGGAGAGACUGAAGAAAUGCCGACGGUUGAUGUUCCGGAUUCGCCGAGAGGAACUGAGGAUACGACGUGCACUGCGGAGACGAUGAGGACUGCGGCGACUACGGAAACUAUUGAAUCGUCGAAGACGGCUGGGUCUGAAUCAUCGAAGAGUGCUGAUUCGUCGGCAAUUCGCGACGAUGCUGUGGAGAAUGAGAGGGCGAAUUCGGAAGAGAAUGAUGAGGACAAUGCUGAUAGAUCUGAUGGCGGCAAUAGCGAAGAAAAUAAUGAGAGAGCAUCGGUUGAUAUGGAUCAUGAGCCGAAGAGAGAGCUCGACGACGACGAAGAGCGAGUGCAGACGCGUGAACAGAGCAAGGAGAUCGAACCCAAGGAAGAGUCGGGGAAGCCGGAAGAGGAAAUGGGAAGUAAUGAUGGCGACGGUGAAGAUCCGAAGCGGGAAGUCGAGACGCCGCGAAGUCGUACGGACGAGGAUGAUGAAGAUGAGCAACGUGAAGAAGACAAAAAGGAGGAGGAGGAUCGGGACGACGACGAGAAGAGUCGAGAAUCGGAAUCAGACCAGGAUCGCGAUCAUGACGAUGAAGAUCGAGAGGAGCGCGAAACAGAUGAUCGAUAUGAAGACGAUAUGGAUGUCACCAUUGCAGAUGAUGGUGAGCGGCCGUCGACAUCUGAAUCAUCGCCACAGCCCAUUGAAGAUAGUCCGUCGUCGUCAUCACGAAAACGAAAUCAGAUGGGCUCGCGGUCGCGAGACACCACCGAUUCGCCGGAGCCGAAGCGACGUUGCGCUGCUACCGUCGGGGCGACUGUCAGCGUGAAUCGUCGAACGUUUCAUCGAACACAGCAUCCGGGAUUCGGACGGCAGUUGUUCUUGAAGAGGACAGCGAAGAAGACGGAGCCGAAGCCGUUGAGAGUAUUGCCGAUUCGCAAUUUCAAGACCUACAAUCAUGUGCCGAGAUCGUCGGAGAUUGGUGGAUUUGUCACAAUGAAAGGACCAUUUGAAGAAAAGUAUAUGAUGCUGCAAGAUAUGCAUUUCAUUCGACUAGAACGCUCUAAAUACGUUCAAUUCGAGAAUCGUUGUGGCGAGAAAAGCGAUGGCGAAUUCCUUGAGAGGCUUGCAAUAAAGGAAGAAGUCCGACACCCUGUAUAUCAUUUCCUUAAGUACAACAUAUACCGAUGUGAGACGACGGAACAUGGCGACUGA